AUGGUGUUGGUGGUUGUUAGAGUGGUGGUGUGUGUGCACAUAUUUAUGCUGUUCCACUUUGCAUGUUUGUCUUCUCAUUCAUGCCAUCCAGAAGACAGUUCUGCAUUGCUUCACUUCAAGACCCAACUCAUUACUAACACUAUCUUUUAUGAGGAUGAUGAUGAUUAUGCUGAUCCCUGCCCUCAUGUUUAUCCAAAGAUGAGGACAGAUUGCUGUGCAUGGAUGGGUGUCACCUGCCACUCUGUGUCUGGCCAUCCUAACAGCACUCUUUUCCACCUUAAUCAUCUCCAAACACUUAGCCUUGCUUACAAUUAUAUCUAUGGUUCUGAAUUGCCAUCUCUGUUUGGUAGAUUUGUGAGUCUCACACACCUCAACUUAUCUGAUUGUGAUUUCAAAGGUGAAAUUCCUUCUCAAGAUCUCUCUUGGAAUGAUGGUUUGAUGUGGAAAGAAACCACUUGGAAGAAAAUGUUGCAAAACACAACAGUUUUGCGUGAGAUUGUAUUGGAUGAUACAGACAUGUCUUCCAUUAUUGCAACAGCAAGUCCUUUGUCUUGGAUGCCCAACAUUUCUUCCUCUUUGGUUACAGGAAUAAGGGGAGACUUGACUAGUCACAUUCUCUGUUUACCCAAUCUUCAAAGACUCAAUCUAGGUGGCAAUGAAGGCAUUCGAAUCCAUCUUCCAAAGUUGAACUGCAAUUGGAAUGGUUCUCUCCACUUUUCACUUUUCUCCAAGCUUCAAAACCUUGAAUCUCUUUCUCUUUCAGGUUUUGAUUCAUUGUUAUUAGGUAAUGAAACCAAUGCUAUUCACCAGUUUACCAACUUGUUAGAAUUGCAGUUGCUUCAGGUUGAUUUAACUAACUUUUCCAAAAUCUCGUGGAAAUUUCCAAAGUUGCAAACUCUUGAAUUAUCAGAAAAUAAACUUGAAGGAAAUAUUCCCAAAUGGCAUGGCCUUACCUACCUUGAUCUUAGUUUCAACUUGCUAGUUGAUGACAAUAUUUCCUUCAUUUGCGAUGCAACUUCUCUCUAUGUUGUCAACUUGUCACACAAUAAGUUAAGCAGCAUCAUUCCACAAUGCCUUGCCAAGUUAUCCGGCCUUCGAGUUUUGGAUUUGCAGAUGAAUAAACUUCAUGGCACUCUGCCAAGUACAUUGAAUCUCAAUAGAAACCAAUUGGAAGGCCAUUUGCCUAGAUCUUUGUCCAACUGCAAAGAUUUGAUGGAUUUGAAUCUUGGAAACAAUCAAAUAGAGGAUACAUUUCCAAAUUGGCUUCAAAGUUUACAGAAUUUGGAAAUAUUAGUUUUACGAUCCAAUAAGUUGUAUGGACCCAUUGUCAGCUUGAAAACCAAAGAUAUGUUUCCCAAUUUAAUUAUUUUUGAUAUCUCAUCAAAUAAAUUUAGUGGCCAAUUACCAAAAAGCUACAUAAAAAGUUUCGAAGCCAUGAAGAAUGUUAAUGGAGCAGAAGUGCAAAGUAGUUUCGGUUACAUCCAUAGUAGUGGUUAUAACUUUAUAAUAAGCAACAUCGACCUUGGAUACGAUGAUUCUGUGACUGAAACAAUUAAAGGGCUUAGAACCAAUUUUGAGAAAAUUCCAAAAGUUCUUGUAAGUAUUGAUUUGUCAAGUAACAGAUUUGAAGGAGAGAUUCCAGAUGAUUUUGGAGAACUUCAUGAACUCAUAGGCCUCAAUCUUUCUCAUAACAAUCUCAAUGGUCCUACUCCUCACUCUCUGGGAAAUUUGUCAAACCUCGAAUCAUUGGACCUCUCUUCAAAUAUGCUUACCGGAAAAAUUCCUGCUGAAUUAACCAAUCUGAACUCUCUUGAAGUCUUGAAUUUUUCCAGCAACCAUCUUGAGGGAUCAAUACCUCGAGGGAAACACAAUAUCCAUCUUCUGAGGCUGAAGACAAGUUUGGAUUUGGUUGGAAACCAGUGGCAAUAG